AUGGUGGUGGCUCAUCAGCCUUCUCCGCCGUCUAGCCGCCAAGAAAAAGAAAAAUUACGUGACAUUGAGCUUCCUAUAAUAGACCUUUUGGGCGAGAGAUCAGAAGUGACAAAGCUCAUUGUCAAAGCCUCUAAAAACAUUGGUUUCUUCAAAGUCAUCAACCAUGGUGUCCCUAAACAUGUCAUUAAAGCAAUGGAAGAUGAAAGCUACCGAUUUUUCUCUAAACCGGCUUCCGAAAAACAACGUGUUGGACCGGCCAAUCCCUAUGGCUAUGGCUGCAAGAAUAUAGGGUUCAAUGGAGAUUAUAGAGAAGUUGAAUAUUUGCUUUUUCAUACCAACCCUUUGUCUAUCUCUCAAACAUCCAAAACUAUUUCCAAUAACCCAACCCUAUUUAGGUGUGCAGUGAAUGGUUACGUAGAAGCAGUUAGGGAGUCGGCAUGUGAGAUAUUGGAGCUGAUGGCAGAAGGAUUAAGGGUCCCAGACACCUCAGUGUUGAGCAAUUUCCUUAGGGACUAUGAUUGUGACGCUCUCCUCAGGCUCAAUCACUAUCCCCCUUUGCCCCCACUCCAACUUCUCAACACGUCUCCUAACCAACCACCAUCCAGUAUUGGUUUUGGAGAGCAUACUGACCCUCAUAUCUUGACCAUCUUGAGAUCCAACGACGUUGCUGGCCUUCAAAUCUCACCUCAAGACGGUUUGUGGGUCCCUGUCUCCCCUCACCCUUCUACUGCCUUCUGCGUCAAUGUGGGUGACGCCUUACAG